AUCGCACAAUUCAUCACCCCCCCGACCCCCGUCUCUCCAGUUCUUAAUCUCUUCACCUAAAAAUAAGGAACUUGGAGUGUUAGAUUAUUUCUAAGCUUUCUUUGACUCAAAAAGCCUAUGAGUCUAUUCUUCAGGAAAUUUUAAUUAAUUAGAGCUGACCUCUUGAAAUUAACACCAUUAACUGAAGGAACCUAACUGAAUUUCAUUUCUUUCUAUGACAAAAUUGGACACAGUGAUACUACUAAGUACUAUCAAGAGGACAGUGGGGAGUUACACUUACCUCUAAUAUUUUCUACUGAUUCAAGUGGGAAUGCCAAGGUAUUCUAGCUUCCAGUCUGAUUCAACCUUAGUAAAAGACAGAACUCUUUUUUAGUAAAAGAAUUGAUUCUUGGGUUAAAUCAACGUGUGGAUUAGUGGAUCAUUGUCAGAGACUGACUUCUUAGUGCUCUAUUCUUGGCCUGUUGCCCUUUUAAACAUUUUGUUAGUGAUCUGAAGGAAACUUUUUCCAAAUCAAACUUGGGAGAAAUAUUUAAUAUAUUAAGGCAACAGAAUCAGAUUUCAGAAGAAUCUCAAUGAGACCUUAAAAAGUAGGCCAAAAGCACGAAGACAGACAUUCACAAAAGACAAAGGUUAAGUCCGACAUUUGGUUCCCAAAACAUCAGCUAUCCAAGUAGAGAAAGGAGAAGAACUAGUUUGACAGUAGUUGCAUCUUCCCCUCUCCUUUCCUUUACCCCCACCUUGCAACGAAGCCCCACGCGGAGCUGAUGGCACUGUACAAAUUCUUAAAACGUGAGUACAUGCCUGAGCUGCAACAGCAAUAGUGUUCAGAUCAAAGAGAGAAAGUGCACCCCCUAUAUCCUCUACAAAUCAAGCCUCACCUGCAGAUACGGAUCAAGUUUGGGGCAACCUACUUAACAAGGCCAUGGUGAAUCAUUCUUGAUACAUGCCGAGUUGGCUACUGUGCAUAAGUAAUUUGAAGCCAAGUCAUAUAGAGAGUGCUUGGGCUCUAGGGAGUCUGGUUUGUUGAGGCGUAAAUGCAGGAAGGACGAGCACCUUUUAGCACAAAGCAGGGUGAGGGAAAACGGCCACCCCCAGCAGUUGGCUGGCAGCUCGCCUAAUGAGGAAGUGCGAAGGCAUGGACCCGCCCAGCGUGCCGGGUUGGCCUAGAACGCCGGAAGGGGCGGGGUGUACCCGAGCGCCGUCGGAAGUGGCCCUUGGGACCCCUGUGGUCAGGCCUACGCGCGUUCAGUGGGCCCAGCGCGAUGGUGACGUUCCGUGACGUCUCAGUGGUUGCCGGGGCACAGUGUGGGCGUUCGGAGUCGGGCUUCUCCUCUCUUCGAAGCACCUCUCAUCUGGAGCGGGCGGCUGCGACUGCACCUUGGGCGGCCGUCCGGGCCGAGAACCAUGGGCCCCGGGGGCGCAGGCUGCUCAGACAGGCUGCUGCUGACAGUCGGCUGGCUGCUCCUGGCAGGCCUCCAGUCAACGUUCGGGAUCGACGUCACCGCGGUCCAGGAUCCCAGCUUGGCCAACGAGGUCGAGGGCGAGGUCGAGGGCGAGGGCGAGGGCGAGGGCGAGGGCGAGGGCGAGGGCGAGAACGAGGCCGAGGAGGAGGCUGAAAACGACAGCGAGGCCGAGAACGAGCCCCCGGCUGAGGCCAGGACGGAUGGUAAGUGUGUUGGUAUAAGAGAAGUUAUAUUAACAAAUGGAUGUCCUGGGAGUGAAUCCAAAUGUAUCCUACGGGUGGAAGAAUGUCGUGGACCAGUAGAUUGUGGCUGGGGUAAACCAAUUUCAGAAAGUCUUGAAAGUGUUAGGCUAGCAUGUGUUCAUACAUCUCCUGUAAACCGUUUCAAAUAUAUUUGGAGACUUCUAAGGCCAGACCAACAAGCCAUUAUACUUGCAAAUGAUUCAGCAAUCCUGGAGGUUCACAGGGAUACUCACCCCAAGGCAUUUGAGUGUGAAACGUUGGAUAAUAAUGAAAUAGUAGCAUCUAUUAAAUUCACAAUCUAUACAACAACUGAAUUGCAGAUGAAAAGAUCAAGCCGACCAGACAUUGAUGCAGUCCUAGUUCUGGUUCUGACCAUGGGAGUUAUUAUGUGUAUAUUUGUGGUCUUUGUACUGAUCUUCAUAAUUAUAAACUGGGCGGCAGUCAAAGAUUUCUGGGGGGCAAAAGCCUCGACACCUGAGAUACAGUCUGAGCUGAGUUCAGUGAGAUAUAAAGAUUUAUCCAGUCUUGACCAAUCACCAACUUCAGAAACACCUGGACAUGAAGAUGAUGCUUUAAGUGAAUGGAAUGAAUGAUGUAUGGAUGAUGUAUAGCAAACCAAAGGAGAUUAGAGCAUAUCAGAUUCAUUAUUAUAAAAAUAAAAUAUAUAGUGAAAUACUUUAA